AUGGCGUCCGGGUUAUUCAUGAUGCCGCCCGACGACGCCCUGCUGUUCUGCGCGCCCGGCACCGCCGCGUCCCUGGACGGCUCUGUGGGCAGCUGCUCCUACCUGGAUGCUGACAGCAUGAUGCCCUCCAACUUCUGCUGUCGCUCUGCGGACCAGUUCCUCCUGACCGACGACCUGCCCUCGCCGGCCGCCGCCGCUUGCUGCGGCGCCGCCGACCCCGCGCACGCGGGCGCCCCGCACGCGCCCGCGGCGCCCGCGCCCGGCCACGUGCCUGCGUCGCCCUUCGACGCGCAGCGGCUGCCCGUGGCGCCGCCCAGGCUGUCGGAGGUCGCAGCCGUGCAGCAGCACGCCUGCAUGGCAUCUCAGCAGAUUUGA